GGCGGCCAUGGCCACGGCGGCGUCGAACCCCUACCUGGCCAGCAACAGCAUCCUGUCGGCCGGCUCCAUCGUGCACUCGGACUCGGGCAUGCAGCCGGGCAGCGUGGCCGUCACCUCGGUCUCGGGCGGCGUCUACCGGGGUGACCCGUCGUCGGUGAAGAUGGUCCAGAGCGACUUCAUGCAGGGAGCCAUGGCGGCCAGCAACGGCGGCCAUAUGCUGAGCCAUGCCCACCAGUGGGUCACCGCCCUGCCCCACGCCGCCGCUGCCGCCGCUGCCGCUGCAGCCGCCGCCGCCGCCGAGGCCGGCUCGCCCUGGUCCAGCAGCCCGGUGGGCAUGAGCGGCAGCCCCCAGCAGCAGCAGCAGUCCCAGCAGCAGCAACAGCAGCAGCAGCAGCAGCCCGACGUGAAGGGCGGCGGCGGGCGCGACGACCUGCACGGCGGCGGGGCGCUGCACCACCGGCCGCCGCCCCCCCACCUGGGCCCGCCGCACCAGGGCCACUGGGGGGCCGCGGCGGCCGCCCACCUACCCUCCAUGGCGGCCCAGCAGCAGCAGCAACAGCAGCAGCCGCUGCUCUACUCGCAGCCGGGCGGCUUCACGGUCAACGGCAUGCUGAGCCCGCCGCCAGGGAGCCAGAGCCUGGUGCACCCGGGCUUGGUGCGCGGCGACACGCCGGAGCUGGCCGAGCACCCGGGACACCACCAUCACCACCACCACCACCCGCACGCCCACCCGCACAUCCCCGGCGGCGGAGGCGGGCCCGGGCCCGGCGGGGGGCUCAACAGCCACGACCCCCACUCGGACGAGGACACGCCGACCUCGGACGACCUGGAGCAGUUCGCCAAGCAGUUCAAACAGCGGCGCAUCAAGCUGGGCUUCACGCAGGCCGACGUGGGCCUGGCGCUGGGCACCCUGUACGGCAACGUCUUCUCGCAGACCACCAUCUGCCGCUUCGAGGCCCUGCAGCUGAGCUUCAAGAACAUGUGCAAGCUCAAGCCGCUGCUGAACAAGUGGCUGGAGGAGGCCGACUCCUCCACGGGCAGCCCCACCAGCAUCGACAAGAUCGCCGCGCAGGGCCGCAAGCGCAAGAAGCGGACCUCCAUCGAGGUGAGUGUCAAGGGGGCCUUGGAGAGCCACUUUCUGAAAUGCCCCAAGCCCUCGGCCCAGGAGAUUACGAACCUAGCGGACAGCCUGCAGCUGGAAAAGGAGGUGGUCAGGGUAUGGUUUUGCAAUCGGAGGCAGAAAGAGAAACGGAUGACCCCCCCGGGGAUCCAGCAGCAGACGCCCGACGACGUCUACUCGCAGGUCGGCAACGUGAACUCCGACACGCCGCCCCCCCACCACGGACUCCAGGCCAGCGUGCAGUGAGCAGGCAGCCCCCCUCGGCCCCUGGGGAGAGCGGGGCUGAGAGCGGGGGCGGGGGUGGAAAGAGAGCCGGGGGGAGCACAGGAGAGAAGAGAGCAGCGUGGGGCGCAGGCCAGGCCAGGCGAGCCUU